AGAGAUCAUGCAUUCCAAAUGGAACACAAGUGUGCUUCCCCUGCUGGCUCUCCACUCCGCGUUCUGCCUGGGAACGACAGAGAGCAGAAUGUGGCUGCUUCGUCCCGUGUUGCUGAAGUUCAUGGUGUCGAGUUCCUACUUCCUCUCAGGACAAUGUAUGCUGUUUGCUAAGGACUAAAUAUGAAGACCAGCCUAAGAAAGCCGGAGCCAAAGAGGUUUACCAGAGCACUGCGGGAGGGACAAGAGCUUCGCUGAGAGAGAGAGAAAGAGAGGAACGAGGAAAAGAAAAAUCCCAAACAACAAACUUAGGCUUUCAAGCUUCCAUGAAGUGUACUAUGCUCCUGCGUUCUUUCUCAGAGCCACCGGAAGCAUUCCUGCCAGCAAGGUUGCAUUGGUAGUGAGAAGCCACCUGGGAGGACAAACUGACUGAUUUUCCCCUCAGUUUCCUUUGUGGAGACCGUUUUGGAGCCUGCAAAGGCCUCGAGGGCCCCAAAGAUGAGUGCCAAUGGCAGCUCGGUGGCUCAGCUCCUCUGGCAGCCGCCCGUGUGCAGGAGCUGGAAACCGGAUGUAGAAGGAGCUGUCUAUCACCUGGCCAACUGUUUCUUGCUUAUGGGCUUUAUGGCAGGCAGUGGAGUGUAUGGAUGCUUCUAUCUUUUCGGCAUCCUGGGCCCAGGCUACCUCUGCUGCGUGCUGUGGGGCUGGUUUGAUGCUUGUGGACUAGACAUCGUCCUUUGGAACGUCCUCCUGACAGUGGCUUGCCUGCUUCAGCUGGCACAGCUGGUCUAUCGUGUCCGGGUGAAUACCCUCCCGGAGGAAUUCAAUCUCCUCUACAGGACACUGUGCCUGCCCCUGCAGGUGCCCCUGCAGGUCUACAAGGAGAUUGUCCACUGCUGCCAUGAGCAGGUCUUGACGCUGGCCACAGAGCAGACCUACGCUGUGGAGGGGGAGACCCCCAUCAAUCGCCUGUCCCUGCUCCUCUCAGGCCGGGUUCGAGUGAGCCAAGACGGGCAGUUUCUGCACUACAUCUUUCCGUAUCAGUUCAUGGACUCUCCUGAAUGGGAAUCACUGCAUCCUUCUGAAGAGGGGACCUUCCAGGUAAUAAGGAGCCCCGAGGCAGCACAGUCACCUGCCACUGUGACGCUGACUGCGGAGACCGAAUGUAGCUACAUUUCCUGGCCCCGGAAAAAUCUUUACCUUCUUCUGAACAGAGAGCGAUACAUCUCCCGCCUCUUCUCAGCCCUGCUGGGCUAUGACAUCUCGGAGAAGCUCUAUACCCUCAAUGACAAGCUGUUUGCCAAGUUUGGGUUACGCUUCGACAUCCGCCUUCCCAGCCUCUACCACGUUCUGAGUCCCUCUGCCUCAGACGGGGAACCAGAGUCUGAGAAAGAUGAUGAAGAAGCCCUUGAGGCAGCUGUGUCCCCUGCUCAGGCCAGGCCCAUCUGCAUCGUGCCAACACCCCCUUGUUCCGCGCCUCCAGCAACCACCAACUUUCCCGUGCCUCUGCCCCGGGCCAGGAUGCCCAGGAUGCCCAGGCCGGACAGCGGCAACCUGGGUGAGGACUCCACCAGUCUGGUGCUGGAGGAUUUUGAGGAGGUUUCAGGAUCAGAGUCGUUUAUGGAUUAUAGGAGCGAUGGGGAGUACAUGAGGUGAGGGCGGAACUAACACGGGCACAGUCACCGGCUCAGGAUCCUACCCUCUAGACGUCCUCUCCAGAACUCUUCUCAAGUUAUGUCCAGAUCCCAGGCCCCUCUGGCUCCAAUUCACACUCCUGAGCUCUAAGGAUCACAGAGCUGUCGUCUCUGUAGCCAGAUGGCACUCCUCCAUGUUCCCCGGAUGGCCACUUAUACUCUCACCCCUCCUCUUAGCCCUCCAGAAAGAUGUGUGGCAAGCUGGGGGAUGGACAUGACGUGAAGAAACUCACCUUCAGGAGCCUUCCUUACAGCAGGAGGGUCCAGAGGCACCUGGCCUGACUCCAUCCUUUAUGGGUUGCAGGACAUUGCCAGGUUUACACGGCCUCUGAGCCUGGACUGUGAGGCUAGGAACUCACGUCACAGGGUUGUUGUGAGGAUCCAGUGAGCUGAUUGGGUAGAGCACCUAUGACAGGACAUGGCGUCCUGCAAGCAUGCAAUAAAACGCUUCACGCCUCUCCCCGUGUUGUUGCUUUAAAUUGUCUGAAAGAAUCCAAUGACUUUUACCCAUGCUUAUUUUACUCCCAAAAUUAAUUUUCAAUUGAAAUAAAAAAUUUUAAAUCCCAA